AACCAUCUUUUUGAGGAAUUCUGCUCAUAUCUCUCUCUUCCCCCACCUCCCCCCCACAGACUCAUCUCCCUCAGCCUCUCGCCCAAAUCCUGACGCACAAGGGAGGAGUUGAAAAGAAAAGCCAGGAGGGAAAAGGAAAAAACAGGGAGGAAGAAACCAUGUCUUCUCCAAGCAAACGCCGUGAGAUGGAUUUGAUGAAGCUGAUGAUGAGUGAUUACAAGGUGGAGAUGAUCAAUGAUGGCAUGCAAGAGUUCUAUGUGGAGUUCCAUGGACCCAAAGACAGUCCUUACCAGGGAGGUCUAUGGAGGAUAAGGGUUGAGCUGCCAGAUGCUUAUCCUUAUAAAUCCCCUUCGAUUGGCUUUGUCAAUAAAAUUUAUCACCCGAAUGUCGAUGAAAUGUCAGGCUCUGUUUGUUUGGAUGUUAUCAAUCAGACCUGGAGCCCCAUGUUUGAUUUGGUAAACGUGUUUGAGGUGUUCCUUCCUCAACUUCUUUUGUAUCCCAACCCAUCGGAUCCAUUAAAUGGAGAAGCUGCUGCUCUUAUGAUGCGUGAUAAAGGUGCAUAUGAACAAAGAGUGAAAGAGUACUGUGAGAAAUAUGCCAAGCCCGAAGAUGUCGGCGCAGCUGGGGAGGAAAAAUCGAGCGACGAGGAGCUGAGCGAGGAUGACUAUGCUUCGAGCGACGACGAGGUUGCCGGCAAAGCCGAUCCUUAGGUACCGUGUAUCGUACUGGAAGGAAAAAAGAAAUUGUUUUCAUCUGUACAUGAUUAUCUGCUUCUGGAGAAUGAAACCCAUAAAAAAAAUGGCAAAAAACCAAAAAAAAAAACUGAAGGCCUAUGGGGGAAAGAAUUUCCUACCCUUCCUAACUUAUAUUUUCCAUGGAUGAUUUGUAAAUUAUUGUCUGGAUGUUUCAUGUUGUAUUGAUUCAGUGCUGCAA